GUUUAUUUGUGACUUUUUGACAUACUGACAUCUGUAGAUUGACAAGAAGAUGACAAAACUUAUGAUUGAUGCCUAUAAUUUUUUUAUUGCUGGAACUUGUAUAAAAUGUAUUAUAUUUCAAAAUUUUGUCGAAUAUGUGUCCAAACAAACGUAGAAUUAUUAGAUCUCGAUUCUUUAGAUUUCGACAAAGUAAAAUUGAGUGAAAAAUUGCAGCUUUGCACCAGAAUGGUUGUAACAAGAGAAAGUUUUUCUUCCGAAAUAUGCCUGCAAUGUAUUUCCAAACUUAGAACGUCCUAUCAAUUUCUUGAAAUGUGUAAAAAAUCAACAAAAAAAUUUCAUGAUUAUUAUAAGACUUUGCUUUCAAUGGACGAUAAUGAAGAAGAUAUAAAAAACUUUGUGAAUACUGAUUUACAUGUUGUGGUUAGUCCAAUUGAAGUUGAUAGUUAUUAUACAAUAAAUGAUAAUAUUGAAGAAAAUGAAACACAGUCUACCAGAGAAAAGCGAAAAAGAAUUACAAAAGAACAGAGGUGCUCAUUGCUCAAAAAAUUAUUAUCAAACCCAGAACACAGCAAACAAACAUCGACACGAAGCUCAAAAAAAUAUAUGGGGUUCUAUACAGCACCAUCAGAAUCAUUUAUUGGUGGGUUAAAAAGUAUAAUAAAUUUCACAAAAAAUUAUGAAUUUGGAGUUGGUUUAGACAAUUUAAGUUAUGAAGCUACACCUUUGGAAAAGUUGACAGCGUUCUCAAAUCAAUUUUUUAGAACAGAUUUUUCUGAAUUUAAAAAUACAAUCUUGUAUAUAAUAGAAAAUAAGGACAAUCUAUGUGAUAGUGCAGAUAGUGAAGAUGAAGAAUAUGUUAAUAUUACUCAUCAAGAAGAAACCUGGCACUCUAAAAUAAGUAACAAAAUAUUUAAAGAUUGUGAUGAGAUGUUGGAUGAAGCUAUGCAUCAAAAUGUAAAAGAGGAAACAAAAGAAAAUAUCGUUAAGUUUGAAGAAGUCAUCGUAGAACCUGAUAUAAAAAUCAAAACUGAAAUGGAAUAUGAAGAAGGAGAAUGUCAAUUGAAUGAUAGUUUGUUAGAUUCUAAGUUACAAAUAAAGGAAGAAAGUGAAUCUAAUGAAUAUUGUAGUAACUACACAAGUUCAAUGAACUAUAAUAGUGAUUACACAAGUACUCCUCCAUUAGCAUUAGAAAAAUUAAAUUCUAUGAUGUCAUUAAACAAUUUUGUUGGUAAUUAUCAACACAAGAGAAAUUUUUCACCAAAUAAUGUGAGGUGUAGGACUAGAGAUAAUCCUUAUAUAAAUCCUUUGUUGAAGCAACAAUUUUUGUAUAGAAGUUUUAAGUGUGAUAAGUGUAGUAGGUACUUCAAAAGUCCUGGUUAUUUAAAAGCACAUCAUUCCAAAGUUCAUUAAUGAAUGAUGGAUUUAUAAUAGUUAUUGUUUACUAUGUAAAUAUUUAAAAAAAGACUCUUAAUGGGGUUGGUUUUUUUUUUGUUAUGGCUAUCUAGGUUUUACCUAAAAGCACAAAAGUACCUAUUUAUUAGACAGUUCUAAACAUAGUCUAGUUUAUUUGUUAUCAAAAUUUUUAAUUUUUAUUAUAUAAAAUAAUGUUUUGUAUGAGUAUAAAAUGUUGUUAUAUUGGUUCUAAAGAUACUAUAUUUUUGAUAAACUGGGAUAAAAGUCAGUGGCGGCGAUUGGAUGUUAGAAAUAGAGAGUGUUUCAUGUUGUAGUUUGAUUUUUGCAUCUACAGGUGAAAAUAAAAACAGAAAAUCAUCAAUUAUGUGAGGUAGUAAAACUGAAUAUAACUGUAUAAAAAGAUUAACUCAGCUUUUGUAUAUUUUGUAAUUAUAGCUUUUGACGUUUAUGUCUUCUUUUCUAUAAAUCUUAAAAUGUGAAUUUAAAAAUUUCUAAAAUUGAGUAAACUUCCAACAAAGCCAUUUACUUUGAACUUUUAAAGUUCUUUUUGAAACACAAAUAGCAACUUUUAUCCGUCAACUGGAAUGCACAAAAUCAUGCCUCUGUCUUGCAUGUCUUAUUGUUUACCAUACAAUGUAAUUCUUAUUCUUAGUAAUAAUGACUUUCAUCUAUGACUAAGAGAGUAUUAUCAAGGAUUUACAUAAAUACAUGGAUAAUUUAUGUUUUACCAAUGUUUUACAAAAACCAAAGAUACAACUAUUACAUACAAAGAAACAAGUAUAAACAAUCAGACAAGUAUAAAUAAAAUUAACGAAUAAGUACAAACUAAUAAAGUAUAAAUAAAAAUAAUAGAUAAUAAUUCAAUUCAACAUUUUAACAUGAUACACAUCUUCUCAAAGUUUUAUUGCUUUAAAACAACGCUACAUAGCUUGAUUUCCUCCUGGCAUACAUUUCCAUGGAUUUCUCUUAGUCAAUCAUUUUUAACCACAUCAUUCUCAAUAGUAGUACAGCUAAAUUUGAUAAACUAUGUUGGGCCGUUGCAGUUCACACAGUGAUAGUCAAAAACAGUUGCAAAAGCUUAAAAAAAUUAGGGACGACAUUCUGGUUGUGAAAAUUUUCAGACUUGAAUCGAGAAAUUAAAUUUGGCGCAAGAUCACGAUCAAUUUGGUCGAAAUUAUGUUUAAUUUUUGAAAAUACAUAAUUUUCUGAGCCUAAAGUGUCAAAAAAUGUAUGGUUUGAGGAAGAUUGCAGACAAGCAUUGAGAAAAAGAAACGGGGCAAGAGAAUUGAUUUUAAAUAAUCUGCCUCAUGAAAGAAAAAAGAAGUAGGAGGAAGAAGGAAAAUCACAAAACAAUUUGCAGAAGUAAAAAACGGAAAAAUUUAGAAAAACAAUUGAAACUAAUGGAAAAUCAUUAUGUAAAUAAUGAUAUAAGAAAUUACUAACAAGAUACAAAAAGAAGCAAGGGAUCAGUCGUAGUUGGGUACAGAUACUAUCGAAGUAAAAACUGAUGUCUAAUAGGAAGCAGAAAAGGAAAACUGGAUGGUUGGGGGCAAUAAUUUGAUGAAUUGCUAAAUGAAGAAAUAGAGGAAAACGGGGAAGGUAUGUCGUAGGAAGAGGAGGAAGAGAACCACCAAACCCCUGUAGUAGAAGUACCAAAAGAAAUUUAGAUAAAAAACAAUGGAAAACCAAUAGAAGUAAUAAAGUGUGGGGGACAUGCUCUGCAGAACCGGAUAUUCAACAUAUUAAACAAAAUCAGGGAACUAGAAUAGAUGCCAAACCAAUGGUACAAAGCAAUUAUUUGCCCCAUACAUAAGAAAGGAGUUGAAGCUGACUGCGGUUACUACAAGGGCAUUACUUUACUGGAUACUGGUCUAUAAAGUGUUAGCGAGAAACUUUGUAAUACAUAAUCCGUGAGCAUCUCCACCAGUUAUGGAGUCAGUUGCUUCAAUAUUUUCCUGAGUGCGCAGUAUAUCUAAUAAGUGUUAUUGAAUUGCUCGUAAGCUUUCAUAUCUGCUGCUAAACCUACUGCUUUCGAAGAUAAAUCCUUAUUUGUUACCUCUUUGAAUGCUUAUUGUUGUGGCAAAUACUGCUUAGGUGAAGCCUUAAUUAUAUUUUCCAUGUAAAAUGGGAAAGCGACUGCUCCCCUAGGCCUUCAAUCGCCGCCAGUGAUAAAAGUUGGAUUAGAAUAAAUUGAGGGAGUAACCAUUUUUUAUAUUGAGAUGUACUUUAGAAUUAUUAAAAUCAUCAAAAAUCUUUCACGGUCUUAUAAAGUAUAAAAGAUUCUCUAACAAAAAUAAGUAAGAGAUUUUUAUGAAGCAAAAAUUAUUAUCAUAUUGUUUUUACAGAAAAUCUAUUUUUGUUUUUCAUUCAAAUAUCUUCAAGCAACAUAAAAUAUUUUGCAUUCAUUCUAAAUCGCUCGCUGCCUAAAAUCUUCUGUCUGCUCAAAUUUCGAGACCUGUGUACAUUUUUAUAAAGUGGUUACCCCCUACAAAGAAAUUUUCAUAUUUGAAUAAUUUUGUAUUUUGAUGAAAUUUCUGUUUAUGUGAUAAAAUAUAUAAAUUGUCUUUUCUGAUUAUUAAAUGAAAUCUAUAUUUAUUAACAA